CGGGAACAUUGAACAAUGUUUUUUUUGAUGUGAUUGUGUAAUAAAAUCACAUUGUUCUUAAACGUUGCACUGCUAACUCGGCUAUCUAUUGAGUCAGUUACAGUGCCAAACACAUUUGUUUAUUCAAAUACCUUAAAUUUGCUCUAUAAAAGCUAAAAUGUAUGUAGUAUCUAAUUUAGUAAAAGUGACCAUUCCAAAUUAUUUGGCAGGUUUGCCUAUACCCGAUUCAUUUACUGGUUGGUUUCGUUUGGGAGUUCGUGACUGGCUGGCAUUAAUUCCACCAACUGUUGUUGUUGGAGGUAUUUCUUACUACUCAUAUCAGACUAUAAAGAAGGCUCGUGAAGCAGGCAAUGGUCAUGUAAAUCCUGGCAUCAGGAAAGAUAUAAAUAAAGUGGUUGACUUCAUUGACAUAGAGGACAUCACAGAGAAGGCAUCUUUAUGUAGGUGUUGGAGAAGCAAGAAUUGGCCUUACUGUGAUGGCGCUCACGGUACUCACAACAAAGCGACAGGGGACAACACCGGGCCUGUAGUCAUCAGGCACAAGCAGCCAGCUCAAUAGAUCAAAUAUGGUGACUUGCAAGUACUUAUAGGUGAUAAAGUGUGAUCAUCAUAAAUAGAAUUUAUAGAUUCAUCACAUUCUAUACGUAAUUUAAGUGAAAGUGUGAUUUUCAGUAAAUAUUUUUAUUGCUUGCAUUUUACACUUUUUGUGACUUAUUUUUUGUUUGUUACAAAGCUGUGUUGUAUUUUUUGAUAUGUCGAUCAAAUUCUGAAAAUAAACUAUGGAUUGUUAUGGUUAA